UGAACACGUCUUGAAAAUUUCCACCGUUCGUCUACUUAGUUGUGCUCUGUUUUCAUAACGCAUUGAAAGUGUGUCGCAUUUUGAAAUAAAUCAAACAACGAUUUUUGGUUGAAGAAAAAGUUGCAAUUUUCAAGUGUGGAAAAAAUUGCCAAAAAUUUUAUUUAUUUUUGUAAAUGAAUAAAUCAGCUCAUUUAAGAGAUUUUACACAACCAUGGACGGAAAGAAGAAAAAAUUGUGUUCAAGACACAAUAAAAUGCAUUUCAACAACACCUGCCUUUCAAACACCCGACGAAUUAGUAUUACCGCGAAGGUCGAUCGCGUCAUCAUCUUCAGCGGUCACCGUUACACAGCCAAUGACCAGUACAUCAAUAGCUUCAAAAUUGAAACAUCGUACCGAAAAAAAGCAACGUCGAUUACCACUCAUUCAUGUAAAAUUGGCUCAAGAAAACGCUCCAAGUGAACACAGUGAUUCGGACAGCUCAUGCUAUGAUAGCUUAAAUGAGAUGGAAACAGAUUUUUGUCGAGACGAGAGCGACUACAGCGAUGGUUAUGUAACCGAUGGAUUUGCAACGAUGGAUGUGUUCGAGUAUGAGGUCGAUGACAGCUCCGAAAGCGAGGAUUUCUACUCACACGGUUCUUCCAGCGGAACAGAUGACAUGGUUGAGGUCGUGGCGCGUGCAUUGUUUGACUCAAGUAGUAGCAGCGAUUCUGAUAUCGAAAUAUUGGCCCAAGAUGCAGACACAGAAGAAUCAGAUGCACCAACCGAUCCAGAACUUGGACGAGCUGACUAUUGGGAAUGCAUCAAGUGCAAAAACAAGAAAAAUAAUCCAAUGUAUCGGUUCUGCGAAAAAUGCUAUCAGAUUCGGAAAAACUAUUUCCCGCCACGUCCGAAGAAACGCCAACGAAAACGUGCUAGUCUUGCAAACCGUGAUGGCAGUAAACUCUUUAGCUCACCAUCCACAUCAUCCUGCAUAUCACCGAACGAUGAAAAUCAGCACCAAGAAGAUGGCCGGAUUAGUCGAAAUAGCAGCGAUGGCAGCGACGAAAUGGGUAAUGAGUACAUGCAAAAAUCAAAACAAACGCGCAAACAACGUCGACGAACGACGUCACAACCGCAAAAUCAUAGCGCUGGCGAAAGCAGUUGCUGUUCAAGUCAAGAGCUAUCGCCUGAUGAACAACAAUCAACAUUACCUUCAAACUAUAUGGCUUGUGCAUCAAGUAGCCAGGAAACAUAUUGUUCGGAUCUCGAACACAUUGUCAAUGUUAAUAAGCAAUCUAAUUCAAAUUUAUUUGAACAUAAUUAUCCUAACAGCCAGGAAAGCGUAUACCCUAAUUCUGAGCCGAGCAUCUCGAAUGUUUCUGGGCUCGACAAUGUUUUUGAUAGCAAUCGUGCGUUGAGCAAACUUGAUAGUUUAGCGUCAACAGUGUCGAGCUUCUCAGUAGGGUCAUCGCAAUCCUCCACCGAAUGUGAUUCCAACCGAACUCAAAAUGCCGUUGUGCCCGAACUGAAAUCAUGCGACAGUUUCAAUGGAUCGAUCAGCGAAAAGGCAUCAACAGCGAUGGAUGUUGCAAUUGUUGGCGCCAACAAAAAGAAGUCAAAGAAGCGAAAAUUGGACUUUACCGAUGAAAUCAGCGACUGUGACAUUGAUGACGACGAUUUAAUGGCGAAAAAGUUUCGAACAAUGGAUGAAACUGAUUCAACAAAUGGUAUGUGCAUGAUAUGUUUAUCGGAACCAAAAAAUGGUGCUUUUGUUCACAAUCGUUUUUUACACGUAUGCUGUUGUUAUCGGUGUACCGUUAAGGUAUGGAAUAAACGGAAACGAUGUCCAAUCUGUAAUUCACAGGUCAAAACUGUUUUGAAAAUGUUUGUACAUUGAUUUGUACAAAAACAAUUAGGUUUUGCACACAUUUUUUAAUUUCAAUUUUUCCAUGCGAACACAUAACAUCGAAAUGAGCACAUAAUGCCAUAUCAAAUAUGACAUUUUCCAGCAUAGAACAAAAACAGUUUUUUUAUUCGACGAAAAGCAUCAAAUGCUAUCCAAUAUAAGCACCCUUUCAAAAUCUGACACCACAUGAACAAAAUUUUGUUGAGCAAGAUUUGCAUCGAUUUAAGUAGGAAUUUUUUUUUCAAUUUAACAUCAAAGUCCGGUUCCAUUGUUCAAUAAAUUGAAAACAAUUUUUGGAGCGAAUAGGCCGAAUCAAAAUUUAAUUUUAGGAAACUCUUAUAAAAUGUACAAAUGAUAAAAAGUCAAAUAGCAAGUAAAACUUUAAGGUUAGGCACACUCGAAUCUGUAAAUUAAAUUAGUGUUUAAAAUUUCAAUUAUGUGCACUAUAAAAUUAUGAUAAUUUGAAAUUGAUCAAAUUUUCUCUUGAAAUUAAAUCAUAAAACGUUCAUUUUUCGAACGGGAAACGUAGAAAAGAAGCGAAGAAAAUAUAAUGAAGAAGAAAAAAACAUUUUUCCACUGAAAACAUUUUUUUUUAUAAAAUGUGAACAUUUAAAUUCCGACAAAACUAAUGAACAACGUUUUCAUUGUUUUGGAAGAAGAGAUACCGAUUUCAAACAGAACAUUGAACCGUUUAUACAAAACUAAUCACAAUUACUUCUUCUAACAAAAUUAUUCAUUAUCAAUAUUUUGCCUUUGUUAUUAUAGUAAUUUCAAUGAGCUAACCGUAUAGAAAAAAAUACAUUUAUUAAAUACCAAAUGAAUUUAAAUGGAAAUCGGUGGCGCGAAAGAAAGAUCCUCAAAAAUACGUAUAAAGAAUUAAAUCCUUUAAACUAGAUUAUUACACCCCUUCGUACUCGCUGAGCAUGUUUAGGGUAUUUCAAAAUAUUCAGGAAUUAAAAUAAUAAAUAAUAAUUAAUAUUUUAUCAUUUUCUGAUCUGAUCUAAUUUUGAUUCUAUCUGAGAUUUUCUUCCGAUGCCAUAAAUAUCUGGCAAAAAUGCUCAAACAAAUAUCUGGUUGAUUUAUUCUAGAAUAAAUUUCUGUUUACGUAUUAUUUGGGGAUAUUUUGUCACUCAACCGAUCCACUUGUUAUACGCCAACUAAACAUCCAAUAAUCGAAAUUUAACACCCCGAAAUAUACCAAUAAUGCUCCCUUUCCCAUUUAUGCUUUAAUACAAAAAUACUUUUAUUUUCUUUAAAAAUUAAAAAAAAAAUGAUUUACAUCAUGAAGUAACCGAAUUAAAGUCUGGUAGAAAUGCGUCGGAUAUCUAUACUUUUUACAUCAAAUUAUUGUUUUAACACAAAGUUUCAAGCAAUUGUUUUGAAAACUACGAAAAUGGCAAAAAUUGUAUGUAAUGUCAAAAUUUGGUAGAAUAACAAUUGAAAUUCGGUAGAAUAAAAACAUCAUAUCAGUUUUUGUCGCAGAUCAAACCGCCUGAAUUGCAAUGAAACGAAAAUAAUGCACAUUUACGUUCCGUUUGUCUCGUUUCACCGCAACAGCUUUUGUUUUGCUUUGAUCUACAAUGAAAUUGAUAUUACGUUUAAUCCUAGAGUGAAUUCAAUUGUGAAAUUUUGUGUUAAAACCAUACAAAAAAAACGAAAUAUUCAAUUCGAACCGCAUC